CAGCCCUCCGCUUGUUAUCUUAUCGCAAUCAAUCAAUCAAUCAAUCAAUCCAGCUCUCUCCCCCUAAAUCUCACCUGAAUGAAUGACUACGUCCCAACUCUUGACCACCCAAUUCAACACCAACCUCCCAGACUCCAUCCAAAAUGGAACCCCCACUCCCAGCAGCCGAUACCCCGGCCGACCAACCCCCGGUCCUCAACUACAUCCUCUCCUUCCUCCUCGUCGGCGUCGCCUGGGGCUUCACCACCCCCUUCAUCCGCCGCGCCGCCGCCGACUUCAACGCGCGCCAGGAGGCGCGAACCGGGCUGUCGCACGGCGAGCACGACCCUGCUACUGCUAAUUCUAUCUCCUCAAACACCUACGGCAGUGAUGCACCCGAAAGCGACGACGAAACCGUGCCCCUGAACCCAAUCGAACACAACCGUCCUUCACCCGACAGCAGCAACAAUAGCCACGACAACGACAGCGCCAGCGAAACAGACCUCCCCCCACCCCCACCAUCCCAACAACCCGUCUGGAUGCGUCAGCAGUCUUCAGUGCAUCAUCCGCAACCACAAAAAUCCUGGCUACGGACGAAAAUCGUCUCCGUGUUCUGGACGGUGGUCAACCUCCUCCGGACACCGGCGUACUCGGUGCCGUUGGUGGUGAACCUGACGGGGAGUAUCUGGUUCUUUCUGUUGGUGGGGAAGCAUGAACUCUCCCUCACGGUGCCGUUGGCCAAUUCGAGCGCGUUCCUGUUUACGGUGUUGGGCGAGUGGUACGUGGAGCGGAAGGUGAUCGCUCGGGAGACGUGGGUGGGGAUGGCGUUGGUGUUGGCGGGGAUUGCGAUUUGUGUGGUGUCGAAAUCGUAGGGUUGGCUUUGAGACUGUACUGGGUUUAGCUAUCAAUCUGGAAUCGACAUGCAAAAACAAUAUGUAAUGUAAGGUUGUGUUGCU